AUGUCCAGAAACAUUGUUCUUUAUUCUGCAUUUCUUCUAAUAAUCCCAAUUGGAUUAAUCCAUGCAAAAGUCAUGGCAGUCAUCGGUGAAAGGAUCUAUGAAUGCGAGGACGUCCCAAAAGAUCAACUAAUCAAAGCUGUAGACUUUUCUAACCUAAAAAUUCAUCAAGAAAAUGACACUCACACUUAUAUUAAUGGAAGUAUGACGUUCCUGUAUGGAUUUACUCGACUUCCUGGCCGAAUUUAUAUUGAACAAUAUGUACGUGGCAAAUGGGUUAUUCAGCUUUUUGAUCGAAAGUAUAUGGACAUGUGCUUCACAUUUCAUAAUCCAGCCGAACCUUUCUACAAUCAAACUAAUCAUUUUCCAAGCUGUCCUGUAAAGGCUGGAACUGACUGGAAAUUCGACAUGGUUCAUAUAAAAGGAAGUGAUAGGCUUAAAGAAAAUUUUCCAUCGUAUUGGACUGGAUUGUGGCGUAUGGCAUUCAUUUUGGAGUUUCAAGUUGAUGGAGAGUACAAGAAAAAUUGUAGAAAAGUUCAUGCUGACAUUUACGAAAUUUAA